CGGUUAUCCUGUUGUAACUUUCCUGUUUGUUUUGGCUCCACGUAGAGCGACUGCAAACAUUCCGAGAGUUGUUUACAAGAGUACGAAACAGUAGACAUAUGUUGACUGUAGCUGAAACAGUGACAUUACACUCUGAGGCUGCUUUAGCAUUAAAUUGAUCUUUGGAAGGGGAGGACCCAUGCUCUCUCAUCUUUGUGCUGCCACUCCAGCCGUGUACAUAUUCUGGAUCACUAUGGCCCAGGUAGCUGGCCAGGAGGACAGAGAGAAAACUACUGCGCUCAAAGAUUUGCUGUCACGAAUAGACUUAGAUGAACUGAUGAAGAAAGAUGAACCGCCUUUCACUUUUCCCAAAACACUGCAGGAGUUUGAAUAUGCCUUCAAUGACUAUGGCCAGCUCAGACAUAUAAAAACAGGGGAGCCCUUUGUGUUCAACGCCAGAGAGGAUCUCCACCGCUGGAACCAGAAACGAUACGAGGCUCUUGGAGAGAUCAUCACUCAGUAUGUUUACGAGCUGUUGGAGAAAAAGUACAACAUGACUAAAGAAAUCCUUCCAGUGGAUGCUAAAGACGAUGAGCCCACUAGCUUUAUCUACUUGAGUCCAGAUGCCUUGCCCAACCCGUCCAAGCUGCUGAUGCUGAUCCAGGGCAGUGGCGUGGUGCGGGCUGGUCAGUGGGCCCGCAGACUCAUCAUCAACCAGGACCUGGACUCAGGGACUCAGAUCCCCUUUAUCACCAGAGCAAUGGAGGAGGGCUACGGUGUGAUGGUGCUCAACCCCAAUGAGAACUACCUGGAGGUGGAGAAGCCCGCCAAGUCAUCUCCCUUGCCCUCUCCCACCGAACCCUCAGACGAACCUGCUGAAAAGCGGGAACGCAAGGAUGACAAGGAGGGCAAAAAGAAGAGAGAGUUUUAUGAGAAGUACCGCAACCCGCAGAAGGAGACGGAGACCGAACGGAUCCCAAUACGGGAAAAUAGUUCCUCUGAGGAACACGUGCUGUACGUGUGGGACCACUUUGUGUCUAAAGCUGAAGCCAAGAAUGUUUUCAUUGUUGCCCACAGCUAUGGAGGGCUGUCCUUCGUCGAGCUGAUGAAUCAAAGGGAAAUGCAAGUGAAGAGCAGAGUGUGCGCCGUGGCUCUGACUGACUCAGCUCAUAACAUCUGGCUACAGGAGACCAGCAAAGGCACACAAGACUGGAUGCAGCAGCACUGUUGUAACUGGGUAUCAAGUCCAGAGCCGCUGGACACACCACUGGACCCCAUGCUGCCUGACUGCCCUCGUGUCUCUGCAGGCACAGAGAGGCAUGAGCUGACCUCCUGGAUGAGCUUCAACUCCAUCUUUAGGUUCUUCAACGAGGUCCUGGAGGUGAAGGAGGACGAGGAGGCAGAGGAGACCUUAAACACUGUCACCACCCGCAGCAGCUCCCUCAAAAACAGACACCAGGAUUUGUAGAGCAGAAAUGACUCUUAGGAAGAGAGGGAGCCAGUGGAUUAUUAGGGGGCAAUGCAGAAAGGAAAACUCCAGAUCUCUAAUAUUUUCCAUCUCCUUCAUCCUCUCUCCAUCUUUCCUUCCCUCUCUCUUCUCAUUGCGGGUGCUGUCUCUCCCUUCCUGUCCUCCUGGCUCUGCACACAAAUAGCCUUGCUGUUGUUGUAAGACAGAGGAGUACAGGGUCACCAUGUAUACAUCACAAUAACGUUUUGCAUUACUUCUAGAUGAGCGCAACUGUCAAAGCAAUAUGUGCCUGAGUGUUAGCGCUUCCCGUGGGCUGUGGCCUGGCUGCGGGUACGGGCCACGGCAGCAAAGAUUAAGGCUGACAGGCGCUGUGCACAAUGCGCCGUGGUGCACCUCUAAUUGUCCUGACAUCAGCCUGAACUGAGCUAAUGCCCUGCCUGCCCUCCAGUCUGCACCGCUCACGUCUCCCUCCUCUUCCUCGUCUUCCCCACGGUCCUAAAGCCUAAGCUGCUCUCGCUGAAAUUAGCUCAUCUAUGAAAUCUUUAGAUAACAUUUCAGCCUCAUCACCGCUUUUAUUUAACCUUUAAAAAUCUUUUUAAAGCACUAAUAUACAGUCUUUGUUUUGCUUUAAAUGAUGAUCAUUUUAUGAUGUUUAAAACGUUCUUCUUUGUGUAAACAUAGCUCUAUCUCUGCCAUAUAUUUCUGAGACUGCUUUGCUAAUAACAAGAAAUAUUCUUUUUUUUAAUUUCCCAACUUUGUGCUAAAUUUGAAUGCAGCUCCUCUCACAGAUUCCCACUAUUUGAUUUUUAAUAUGAAGCCAAUACUUCUCCGAGCUGCAAGUGUUUAUUUCACAAUAUCUCCAGGUUUGAUUUGCAAAACUGUGCACAGUCCAUCUCUGUGUUUAUUAUAAAUAUAUACCCUUUUUUUCAAUUUGAUAUCCUUGAAAUUGAUGUCUGCGAAUGAUUGGAUAUGAUGAAACAAAUAAAACAAAAACAACCUGUGCUGAAUAUGGAAAAUCCAGGACACUGAGCCUAUUUAAAAUGACUUAAAGUCAAGCAUCAAACUGGGUUUGAGGGAUAUCUCAUUUUAACAGGAGCCAGAAGUCAGCUCACAACACUCAUAAAGCCUCAAUAUAUCGCCUUACACAUGUCAGGAAAGCCGCCAUUUCAAUAUUAUUCUAAGCCUGAAUGAUAUUUCCUUAGAUGUUGGAGAAAAGUAACAUAUCUAUUCUUUCCCUUUUCUUCCAAAGUACUCUCCUCUUGUGUGCUUAGAAGUGACAGAGUCAGCUCCCUGCUCAGCUGCACAUAAUCUGACUACGUGACACAAACAUGAUAAAAAUUUUCCACAUGGCUGCUGUGUUUUAUAAACCACUCAAGGCUUAAUGGAAUACAUUUCUAAUGUGUCAUGACAUUAGUAAAAACUCAAACUGGAUACUAAAUCUUCUGAUACCUUAGACACAUUCUCAAAUAUGUACUUUUCUCCUCUUUUUUUCACCUUAAAUAGCACCAUUGUUUAACUUUUACACUGUGAAAUCCUGCCUCUCCUGCACACUGCGAGCAUGCUUUAAGGCUUUUGUGGAUUAUCUUCCCGCUGUAAUGAGACAACUGUGGCUGAUGGUUGCAGGCCUAAUUUCCUUUUAAUUUGAUUCAGAUCUCUCCAGGUUUCAGCAAAAGAACUUGGCUUAUUAUUUGAUUUGAUGAGUUUCGUUUCAAAGAUACCAUUGCUCAUCUUUCUGCUUUUCAGCUACAAUCAGUUCAUUUUUCACUCCAUAAUUUGUAUAUUGUUGCCUUAGGAACAAACAAGACUCUGUUCACUGUUUUUAAUAAUAUCCAGCAAAAAGCCAUAUGUGAAUGGAACUAAAGAUGUAAGAGCAGCCUCCAUCCAAAGCACAGUCUGCAAGUGGAAGGACACUCAUUUAGACUAUUUCUCUUCACAACAUGAUUUUUUUGCAGAUGGUUAUUAGUUUAAGAAACACACCUAUUAUGUUUAUCAUGUUAUAAGUCUUUGGAUUUUAUGAAAGUGAGUCUCCUGCAUAUUUUUCUUUUUUUCCAAAUCUUUGUCUCACUAACUUCUGAUCCCUCUGGGUUUUAAAUGCUGUCGUCAGAAUUUAUGUCCAAGUUUCUGCUACUUAAUAACUGAUCUUUUACAAGAUUUCAUUUUUGUAAUUAACUGAUUUAAUCAAAAGCAAAUAAAAUGAACUUUUGCAUCCUG